GCGCAGCGCACAGGCCUCUCGAGCGAUCUCUGGACGCUUCUUGGACCGCUGACGUCACCGCUUGUGUUUUAUAAUGCGAUGACGACAGCGCUCGGGCUUGGCGCCGACGGCAACCUCCGCGACGUGGCGUUCUCGCACCUCGCGCUGCCGUGGCUGACGCUGCUCCUGCAUGCAGUCGUCUACGCCAUCCUUGGCGCGUAUCUGGACUGCGUUUUGCCCAAGUCGAUUGGGGUGCAGUCGCGCUGGCGUUUCACCUUCCACGCUGAGUUUUGGGUCCCCUCGACUUGCCCGUCCCGGCUAACCAAGACGAGUUACCCAUGCCCGUGAUCGAGGCUGCAAGCGAUGACGCGCUGGUCGUCGACCUCGAUAACGUCACCAAGGUCUAUGACGAUGACAAGGUCGCGGUGCAGAACGUCUC